UCAGGCUCGUACCCGUCACCCCUCCCCCAGCUACAAACUACAAACCCUGGCGGCGCGCUCCCGUGAAGUAAAUCAUUGUAUCAGAUUGAGACGGGGGAAAGCAGCGAGCGACUCGACUGGUCGGCAAAGCAAUUCUGCUCCGCGAAACACUGACAAAUCCGACUGCUUGCCACAUACACUGCAGGGAUGGCAGCCAUCCGUAAGAAGCUGGUGAUAGUGGGGGAUGGAGCUUGUGGAAAGACCUGCCUUCUGAUUGUCUUCAGCAAGGACCAGUUCCCCGAGGUCUACGUCCCCACCGUGUUCGAGAACUACGUUGCUGACAUAGAGGUGGAUGGCAAACAGGUGGAGUUGGCUCUCUGGGAUACUGCGGGUCAGGAAGACUAUGACAGGCUUAGACCUCUCUCUUAUCCAGACACUGACGUCAUCCUCAUGUGCUUCUCCAUAGACAGCCCUGACAGCUUGGAAAACAUUCCAGAGAAGUGGACCCCAGAGGUCAAACACUUCUGUCCCAACGUUCCCAUCAUCCUGGUAGGAAACAAAAAAGACCUGCGCAACGAUGACCACACGCGCCGAGAGCUGGCCAAGAUGAAACAGGAGCCAGUGAAGUCAGAGGAGGGCCGGGACAUGGCUGGCCGGAUUGCAGCUUUCGGUUACAUGGAGUGCUCCGCUAAGACCAAGGACGGCGUGCGGGAGGUGUUUGAGAUGGCCACCAGGGCGGCUCUGCAGGCCCGCCGCGGAAAGAAGAACAAUAAAUGUGUAGUGCUGUAAAAUGGCCGACAUAUUUGGACUGUUUUCACCCUGGGCUACAGUACCAGAGUGCAGUAAAUGACUACCGCUGUAAAAUGGCUGUUUGUUGGACUGAAUUUACCCUGGGACUUGGGUUUGGGAUGCUUUGUUGGAGAGGGAUUGGUGGGGA